CCUGCGCCUUCCCGCAGCCACCCAAGAGCCCUGCCGGGAAGGAUAUAAGGAGCCCGGGCAGAACAGUGGGCAGCUUCUGGCGGCACAGCUCCCAGUCCCAGSCGCCCAGCUCCGGCAGGAGCAGCUCGGGGUCUGUCUGGGACAUGGCGGCGGCCGCGCUCCCCUCAGCACGGGGCGGCGGCGGGAAAGGCGCCCCGCGCUCCCACAAGGCCCCGCGCCCGAGGAAGCGGAAGCGGCUCCACGUGGAGAAGCGGAGCGCGGUCCCGGCCGGCAGCCGCGGCAGUAAUUCACCAGGCUCUUGGCAAAACAUUUGAUAUUCCACCAGCAAAAUGCUCUUACCCAUAGCAAUAGCUACAUAAGAGCAUCCUCUACGAAAAGAGCAACCCCAUCAAAAACAAAAGAAAAAACACCCACCUUGGUACCAGUCUUGGUCUUAAAUGAGUGUUGCUGUCUGUAAUAUAUUGCGACUUUUUUAAACUGUUACUCCUGAAAAUGGAUUUUCAAUUUAAUUUUGCUGUUGAUGAAAGUGAGAACAGCGAGGCAGAUGCUGACUUCUUACUGCUGCGCUCUCCAAAUCACAAGCAGGAAUUCACAGAAAAGAGCAGGGAAACUGCCAGUCUUGCAGCAGAGUCCAGCCCAAGGCCGGGUGUUAAUAAGCACCAGGAUGAGGUGACUUCAAAGAAAAAGCUCUGUGUGAAAGCUGCCAAGGAGCACAGUAUUCCUGAAGAUCUCAACAAAGUAUUGGAAAAUAAAGUCUUGGAAAAGGUAUUGGACCUGUCUCACGUAAAGUUGUCCGUGGUAGAAAUGACGUGUUUGGGUGAUGCUGACAGCGAAGGCAUCGUGUCCAAAAGUGUUUCUUCUCACUCUGAUCUCAUCCCAGGAGUCUAUGAAGGAGGGMUGAAAAUCUGGGAAUGCACCUUUGAUCUCAUAGACUACUUUUCCAAGGCUGAAAUAGAAUUUACCAACAAGACUGUAUUGGAUCUUGGCUGUGGGGCUGGACUCCUGGGAAUUGUUGCUUUAAGGGGUAAAGCUGACAGUGUCCAUUUUCAGGACUACAACAGCACAGUGAUUGAUGAAAUAACCUUGCCUAAUGUGGUGGCCAACUGUAUCGAURAUGGCAGUAAGAUGGGCAGUGGAAAGGACAGAAAAGCCAGCAAACCUCCUUCAAAGAGGCCUAGGAAAUCAGAGGGCUCACCUGACAUGCUCAACAAGUGCAGAUUUUUUUCUGGAGAGUGGUCUCAAGUCAGCCAGCUCCUAUUAAGCAGCACCAAAGCCUUUCCAAAGUAUGAUAUAAUUCUCACCUCUGAGACAAUCUAUAAUCCUGACUAUUACAGUGCUUUGCAUGAUACAUUGGCUCAGCUCUUGGAUAAAAAUGGCCRUGUCUAUUUGGCAAGCAAAGUGCAUUAUUUUGGAGUUGGUGGUGGUACAUACCUCUUUGAGAAAUUCAUUGAAGAGAAAAACGUGUUUAGAACCAGUAUAGUUAAAACAAUUGAUCAGGGGCUGCAGCGAUGCAUUAUGGAAAUUGCCUUUAAAGAUUCCUGUUCAAAUUAAACUCCUAAUCCUUCAAAACUAACUCAAAAGUGUUUUAAUCCUUACAUCUCUUUGCUUUUUCCUCUCUUAUUCUGGUUUGACAAAUSAAUGAUGCUAGUUGUUGAAAUGUUUGACAAAUUCUGAUGUCUGACUAGAAGUGAGGGACUUUUCUGAUGUUGACUUUGCAUAGAGUUCUGUUAAAGCAGCAUUUGUUCAUGAUAAUUAAUUGUAAUUUAGAUGUAUUUAAAGAUGAAACAUGUCAUUGUCUCCAGGCACGUUUUACAUUCUUUGUCAGCACCAGAACUGUACAUCAGAGGAAUGACAUGGCACAGCAGUGACCAUGGUGUGCUGUGGCUGAAUGACA